AUGGACGCCGGCGACGACGAGCCCCCCGUUCUCCUCGACCGCACCGCCCGCGCCACCCGAGGCAAGAGGAUAACCAAGCUCAUCGAGGACGAGGUCGAGCAGGACGAGGCUUUCUGGAACCAAGAGGCCCUCAAGGAUGAGGAGAACGAUGACAACUACGUGGAAGAGCAGGAUGCUGGUGACGAAUUCGACAGUGAUUUUGGUGAAGAUGAAUCUGAACCUGACGAUGAGCCGGAGAAGGAAGAACGUGAGAGAUUACCUAUCAAGAAACGGCUAAUGUUUCCUGGCAAGACGCUGAGGAAGACCAAUGUCAAGAAGAAGAAGGUGACCCCAAAACUAGAAGAUGACGCAAAAGCUGACAAGUCUGCUGAUAAGCCGAGUUCGUCCACACAAGCAGAUGUUCCUGAUGAACUGGAGGCUGAGAAGACCAUCCGGAAAUCAACCAGAACAUCGGUCAUCGUGAGACAAGCCGAAAGAGAAGCGAUACGUGCUGAAAAAGAAGCAACGGCCAAGCCAAUUAAGAGGAAAAAGGAGGGAGAAGAAAAGCGGAUGACUCAAGAGGAGAUGCUUUUGGAAGCAGCUGAAACAGAGAUCAUGAACAUGAGAAAUCUAGAACGUGUACUGGCAAGAGAGGAGGAAGUGAAGAAAAAAGCUGUUGUUCAUAAGGACACUUAUGAGGGUCCUACAGUUCGUUUUUUCUCAAAAGAUGGGGAAUCACGUCUGGAAUUCAUAAAUGGGGCAACAUUUGGGUCUGAACUUUGUACAACAUCACCCCCUUAUCCAGUGAAACCUGUUUGUGUCGUGACAGGACUUCCAGCCAAAUACCGUGAUCCGAAGACAGGGCUGCCUUAUGCAACUAUGGAAGCAUUUAAAAAAAUCCAGGAGAGUUUCCUGAAAGAGGAGGCUGAUAGAAAAAGGCCGAACAUGUCGAAUAUGGGAGAGCUUUUUGAAUCAAUAACUGGUGAACAUUUGAUGCCUAAGAAGAGAAGGGCUGAGAUAAGGUCUCCGAACAUAUCAGGAGGCUCGAGGCACGGAGGGCGCUUCUGGCGUAUACCUGCUCUUGAUAUGGUGGAUGAGGACUAA